AACUUUUAUUACCUUAUUAUAUGUCUACCUAUAAAUACACUACUCCACAGGGAUCCAGGUGCCAAAUUCCGAGCUAUCCCAGCAAAUACUCUCCUUUCUUUUCCUUGUUUUCACUGUAUUCCGUCUUCAACUGUCCUUCUCCCACUCCCAUAAUGGAGGAAGCACUUAGGCGACUAAAUGGAAUGACCCAUGUCCAAAAAUCCAUCCCACAUGAACAACCCAUCACCGACAACCACAAAAAGAGCACUAAUGGAGCUGCAGCAGCUGCCUCUGCCUCCUCCACCACCACCACGAACAAGAGGUCACUGAAAGAAAGUGGUGGUGGCUCAGGUGGGACCAUGAGGUACCGUGGGGUUCGUCGGAGACCUUGGGGUCGCUAUGCAGCAGAGAUUAGGGACCCUCAGUCCAAAGAAAGACGUUGGCUUGGCACUUUUGACACGGCUGAGGAGGCUGCUUGUGCCUAUGACAAUGCUGCUCGAGCCAUGCGUGGCCUCAAGGCCCGCACCAAUUUCGUGUACCCUACGUCUGAUCCUCACUCUUCGACAGACCCCUUCCUGCCUCCAUUUAGUUUCUCAUCAAAAGAAUCUCAGGCGUCCAUCAGGGAUUUUACCUCUCGCCACUGUAACACCAAUUCUUCGAAUUGGCCAUCGUUUGGAAACCCUCAUGUUCCAUACUGCUUUGGGCCCCAGAGGAAUAGUUCCGCUUCUUUUAACAUGCUUCUCCUUCGUGAUUUCCUUAACCCGUCUUCAGUUUCAUCGUUUUAUAAUCAUCCUCAACCUUUAAAUGAUCAGUUUCUGAACAUUAAUGGUUCAUCUACUUCUGCGUUUAGCACUUUCUCUAGUGGUUCUUUGGUGAAUCCCUCCAGUGGUUCAAAUGUCUCUGACACUUUUACAGGCUCGUCUAUGAGUUCUCUACCACUCAAUGAGCAUAAUCGGAGUUACAACUUUUCUGGGGGCUCUGAUAGGACCAAUUCUCAAGCUGAUUACAUGGAAUUCUUUCCACAAGAACCUUCUGAUUCUGGCUUGUUACAAGAGAUCAUUCAAGGGUUUUUGCCGAAACCCUCUGACAAGAUUGACUCUUCAAAAAGCUCCAUAAAUUGCACUGGCCAAUCAACUGUGGCACCAGUACCUGAAAUGUCUGCCUACUCAUCGCUAGAUGAGUUGAGAAGGAGCAUCAAGAGUGAGCACUUGGUUAAGAAUGAGCACUUGGGUGUGUAUCUUGAUCAUUAUCAUGGUGGUCCUGCACAGUUCGAGAGUUUCCAAGGAGUUGAUUCUCAUGUGGUUCCGUACGGCCAUGGUGUGCAAGAGAGCCUUCAUCAGAUGAGUGCGGACGAUAUUUUCCAAUAUCCAGACUUAUGAGUGCCUUCGCAGCAAGAGUCCAGAAUGCUUGAAGCCUCUCUAUUGGUGCAAUUUCUUGUUAGAAGAUAUAUGUCUAACAAGCUUUCUGACCAGUAGAAAUAUAUUAAAGCCAAUGUUAAUUCUAGGGUUUGGAAAAUCAGUAGCUAGUUUAAAGUUAAUUUACUACCAUAUGGAAUCUCCUCUUGGAACUUUAAAUUUGAAGUAACGUGAUCUUCCUUCUUAAUUACGUACCUAAUGAUAAAAUGUGUUGAAGUUUCCUAUUC